AUGUCUCUAUGCUCCGAAAACCACGAUCUACCAUACAUCGUGCAACAGAGAAAAGAUUCCAAACUCCCCCCAAUCCGCAAACGCAUCAUCAUCUGCUGCGACGGCACCUGGCAAUCCGCCGUCUCAGGCAAGAAGAACAUCCCCUCGAACGUGACGCGUCUCUGUCGCGCCCUGAACAGCGUCGGAACCGACGGACAAGGUAAUCAAUGGCAGCAAGUGGUCUGGUAUGAUUCCGGUAUUGGCACGACUUCAGGUGCGCUGGGUCAGAAGAUCGAAGGCGCCAUUGGCCUGGGCCUAGAAGGGAAUGUCGUUGAGGCGUAUAACUUCUGCGUCUUGAACUACAACCCGGGUGAUCAAAUUAUGUGUUUCGGGUUCUCGAGGGGCGCGUUUACGGCGCGUGCCUUUGCUGGUCUUAUUUUGGAUAUUGGGAUCUGUCGGAAACAGGAUCUGAAUCGGUUUCCGGAUCUCUGGGAGGUUUAUAAGAAGAGUCCGCCCGGUGAACGGUUCUAUUGCAGUGACCUUUGGUUCGAGUGGAUGGAUGGGAAGGCUGAUGAGCAUCAGGGCGCUGGAGGUGAGGGGUUUGUAUUUGAGAAGCGUGGUCAUGGUGAUUGGGCUCAGGAGGGGUCGCGGGAUGUGGAAGUUGUCGGGGUUUAUGAUACUGUUGGUGCUAUUGGAUUGCCCGAAGUGCUUGGAGUGAAGCUGCCGUUCCGGGAUUUGUGGUGGUCAGAUAGAACUGGGCGGGACAAUGUUGGACUGUCGCCCAAUGUCAAACAUGCAUUCCAAGCUCUGGCGCUCGACGAACAUCGUAACGCCUUCUCACCCACUCUGUGGUAUCUCCACAAAUUUGAGCAUGUGCCUUCAGAGCAGAUAGAAGCGCAGAACAAAAGAGUCACAGAGAUGGCGCAAGAAUGGGACGAUCUCCUGGAAGACGCAAUUUCCCUCAAAGAUAGCGGCAAGGCCAGUGACGAGGAUGUCAACAGCGCAGCCCGCCGCCUCAACGAGACUGCCAGAGCGAUGAACCACGAAAUACGAAAGCUCAUGAAAUUGGAAGAUGGCUACAAGCACCAGCGUCAUCCCCAAACGCUGAGACAGGUGUGGUUUCCAGGAUAUCACAUUAACAUCGGCGGAGGUGCAAACGAUACCUUGAAAAACAAAGGUGACAUGGAAGAGAUGUCUAAUAUCACUUUCUCCUGGAUGCUGGACCAGAUCAAGCCGUACCUGUCGCUCAACGAGCAAUAUCUUGCCGAAGAAAGACAGCGGAGAGAGUAUUAUAUUUCGACUCUUGUCGACAAUACACCCGCGGAUGAGUCCUGGGGCACAUGGAUCCAGAGCAAGGUCACAGCAAUAAUCUCGGCCUUCGGAUAUACUUCUACAGCUGCAGCCGAGAAGAGCGAAAAGCGCCGCUGCUACGGUUGGGGAACAGGCUACGAUUCCUUCGAUCAGAACGGAAAGCAACUGGGAGAAACAUUUGAGUUUAUCCAUCCAGUAGUUGGGUUCAGACAAAAGAAGAUCAAAGAGUACACACCGAUUGGACACGGCGUCAAAUUCGAACGACGGAAGUCGGUUGAUGAGAAGGGUUGUCCAGGUUUUGUAUAUGAUGUGGGUGGUUCGCGCAGGCCCUUACCUGAGUGGCGCUUGGGAGGACUGGAGUCUUAUGAAAGGCUGGCUAUCACCGGUAAGGCUGCUUAUGAUUAUGUCGAUGAGUUGGAUUUGUACCUGGGGACUGGGAUUAAGACUCCCCGUCGAUCAGUUUGGGGGGUUCCAGAUAUUGAUCUUGGGAUUGAAGUGCCCAAUCCCGCUGAGGCUGGAGCCGAGAACCCUCGUCCACUUCGUUUCAAAUCUACAGCGUUUGAGACCAAAGGGCCCCAAUUGAUCAGCUCGGAGGUUCCAUAUCCAGAGACGGCGACUCAAUGA